GUUGGUAGUACGGUCUUGCGAGGACUUUCCUAAAGCGGAUGAUGGCGGAAGCUUCACAAGCGCCCGUCACUUGAAAGACACCGUUCCACCGACUGAAACUGUUUUAUUCCCGCCGUUCUAUUUUCCUCCCUUCCACCGCUGACAGGGCGUGUUUUAUGGAGACGCCAUCGUCGUCGCCGUCUCUCGCACCGCCCAGGCCAUCGCCUUCAAGUCCAAGUCAGGGCUCAUCGCCCUCGUCGACUUUCUGUUCCAUACCAGACCUUACCUUGUCGUCGACCGACCAGGAACGGGAUUCCACAGAAACCACCAUAUUUUCAAUAUAUUCCAUGUACGGCGACGGGGCUGCAACUGCAGCUGCAGCUUGGCCCGCGUCAGCCUUUGACGAUUCGCCUCAAGAACUCGACUUGUCCCUAGGGGACAGUUUCUCUUACAACAACUUCGUUAAUCGAACCGCCAGUACAUACGUAUCAAAGACCGACUCCGCGUAUAUCGAUAUUUCCCUCGAUCCUCAUCAAUUUAGUCCACUGGCCAAUCCUUACGAACGAUCAUCGCUACCCAAUUCGAGGCCCUCCUCUCGUUCACGGCCAGUCUCAGGCUGCACCCCAAGUUCGUUCAACAGACGGGAUACUUUAGAAGUACCCCCACGCAUUCCCCGCGUUCCUUCAGGCCGCAACAGUCCUGUUACUUCAUGCAGUUCACAGGCAGGUUCUGAGGUCAACCUGCCCCCUGUAUUACUCAAACCGCUACCCACACCACCGCAAAGUCGUCCAUCCUCACAUCCCAGGCGAACGGAUUCACCUUCAUCCGAACCCCCUUUUGUUCCUGCACCCCCGCAACCAUCUUCUUCCCUGUCUCCCCCAGCGUCUUCUCAGACACCACCGUCGUCCCCAGCUACCAAACUGUAUUCAAAGUUAAGCAGCCCGUCCAGUAAAACGUCUCUCGUCCCUUCAGAGGGCGAAGACCUGGACUCCUUUCACGUUAGGAGUGUAUACGCCCAGUUACAUGCCACCGGCGUGAGUGGUGAUGGCUACGAAGAAGGGGUGGAACGCACGCGUGCACGAAACCGUGCCAGUUGUGCCAGCGAACUCCGCGCAGAAGCCGCCGUAGACGGCCCAUCUGCGAAAUCACGAGAUCUGCCACCUGAGGAGAUGCGCGUCUUGUCGAGUUUAGAUCGGUAUGGCUUCUUUACGGUUACUAACCAUGAUCGAUUGGUGUUACUACCAUCAGCACCUCUACUGAAACGACUAAGUACUGUUCACGCGGGUCCUAAGGCGGCUCCACCCCAAGCGGUGUCCGUCAAUUCAUUACCGCCGCCAUCAUCUCCGCUCAAAGAAGCUGCGCGUAUAUCAAAGUGGGGAAGGAUGCUAGAAGUCCGUAGUCGUGACCGCGGCGGAAAUGCCGAGUCGUGGUAUGUGAAGCCGUCGAAAGCCCAUAAACUCCGCCAGCGGGUCUACAAGGGCAUACCUGAUCGGUGGAGAAAUGCAGCAUGGGAAACGCUCAUGAAUGACUUUUCCAAGUCGGGACAUGAGGUAGUUGUGAGAUUGAAAGAGUACUACUAUCAGGAAAUUGAUAAGCCGUCAAGUUAUGACAUUCAAAUCGACCUGGAUGUGCCGCGGACAAUUAACGGCCAUAUCUUGUUUCAUACACGCUAUGGUCUGGGGCAACGGUCGCUGUUUCAUGUCCUACAUUCCUUCUCCCUCCGAUGUUCACAAUGUGGCUACGUUCAGGGUAUGGGCCCCAUCGCCGCCACGCUUCUUACCUAUUUCGAGCCCGAAAGGGUUUAUGCUGCACUCUCCCGCCUACAUGACGCCUAUUCUAUGCACACCAUAUUCUCUCCGGGUUUCCCAGGCCUCUUAGAGGCCAUCUAUGUCCAAGAGCGUAUUAUGCAGUCCAAGAUGCCUGGUGUUUACGCCGCUCUUAGGAAGCACAUGAUCUCUACGACGUCGUAUGCCACCAAGUGGUACAUCACCCUAUUCGCGAACUCGGUGCCAUUUCAGACGCAGUUGCGGUUAUGGGACGCUUUCCUACUCGAGGGGCAGGAUGUAUUCGUCGCUGCCGCAAUUGCAGUCAUCUGGGUAUACCGGGACCAUAUCACGUCAAACUCGGCCAACUUCGAGACUGUCCUUUCGUUACUGUCGUCGGUGUUUGUUCCCGAAGACGACGACGCGCUUUUGUUCUGGAUCGAGCACCUCCUAGGCGACAAGAAGCUGCGAAAACAGAUGAGUAACUGGAGACAGGAAUGGACACAACUUGUACGCUCAGGAAAGGACCGAGGUGUUCUGCUAUAGCAUUGGCAUGUCCGAUUGACGUUUGCGAGUCUCUGCAUGAUGUCUUUUGCAAUGCAUCACUUCUACUGGCACGCCCCAUCCCUCGUUAUGACUCGUUUUCCUCAUCAUUUGCUAUUAUUUAAACCUGACCUCGAUCAAUUUGACGUUUGUGAACAUUGUCAGGGACCCGUUAUCGAGACAGUACUAGUUAAUGUUGCUGUAUACCCACUCGCUUUUUGCUACUGUGCUUAACAGGAGUCGAAACAAAUAAAAUGGAUUUAGGUUUCUCAGGUACUGUUGGAGUUCACGAUCCCCGAAUUGCGGCCC